AUGUCUGCACAAGGAAUCUCUGCAACAGAGUUGCUGACGGCGCAUUUACUCGCGUCGUCGACACCGCGCCCCUACUCGGCGGCGACGGAACACUCCUUCCUCACCGCCGCCGGCCUCGGGACACUCCCACCUGCCCUCCUCGCCCUUUACCUCGCCCAGGACCGCUUGUACGCCGCACACGCCUACCCCGCCUUCAUCGGUCGCCUCCUCUCCGCCGUCCCCUUCUCCUCGCUCGACGCGGCCGACUCGGCCCGCGAGCGCACAAACCAGCGCAUCGUGCACGUCCUGAGCGACGCGCUCCAGAACGUCGUGCGCGAGGUCAAUUUUUUCGGCGAGACGGCGCAGAAGUGGGGGCUGCAGCUGGACGGAUGGCGUGAGAGGAAAGCGACGAGGGACUACACGGCCGAGAUGGCGAGGGUCGGUGCGGAGGGCCGCAUCGAGGACGGGCUGGUGUUCCUAUGGGCAAUGGAGCAGGUGUAUCUUGAUGCAUGGCGGUACGUUGGCUCGCUCAAGCCCGUGCAGGGCCUCGAGGGCGGGAGCGCGCAGGCCGUCUCGGAGCUGGUACACAACUGGACAAACUCAGACUUUGUGCGCUUCGUCGACGACAUCGCAGAGCUCGUGAACAGCCUCGGAAUAACGCCUGGUUCAUCCUCAUGGGGACGCGCAGAGUCGAUCUGGGCACGCGUCGUCGAGCUCGAGGAGGCGUUUUGGCCUGUGGGUGGAGAGGAGGUCGCCAUGCUUAGCGUCUGAAUGAGUACAAGUACCCCUGUGUUUAUGCCCCACGGUAUGAAAUUCUACAUAUAUACGACCAUCUA